UAAUGUGUCUAUAACAUGGCUCAAACAAUACAAAUGACCAAUGAGCAGCUGCGGGAGCUCAUCGAAACGGUGCGCGCUUCUGCUGUGGCAGCUGCUGGGGUUGCCGCCGAAUCUGGUGGAGCUGUCUCCGUGACCAAGUCGAAGGGCAGUUUCAGCGCCUGCACGCACAGGUUUAACGGUGCACGAAACCACGACGACGUCGAGGAGUUUAUCACAAAUAUUGUAACAUACAAAGAGCUCGAAGACAUCAGCGAUGAGAAUGCUUUGAAAGGCAUUUCGUUGCUCUUUUACGGCAUUGCAUCUACCUGGUGGCAGGGUGUACGCAAAGAGGCAAAGUGCUGGAACGAUGCAAUCGACCUCAUUCGCGAACACUUUUCACCCACCAAGCCGGCUUAUCAAGUCUACAUGGAGUUCUUUCAGAAUAAACAGGAGAAUAGCGUACCCAUGGAUACCUUCGUUGUCGAGAAACGUGCGCUGCUCGCUCAAUUGGAAAAUAAUCGUCACGACGAAGAGACGGAACUGGAUUUCCUGUACGGUCUGUUAAACAUUAAGUACCGCAAAUACAUUCCUCGCCAGAAUAUUUCAACAUUCCGCGAUCUGUUGGAACAGGCGCGCAUUAUCGAGCAUAACACUCAGGAGGAAUCCGAUGGCCAGCCCCCACGGAAGCGUCCUUACUCAGAAAUUUCGUCAACUGGUUACAUCCCUGGUCGAGGUAGAGGUGGAACCCGAGGACAUGGCAGAGGCCGAGGCCGAGGCAGAGGUAGAGGUAGAGGCCGGGACUUUGCUGCUCAGCCGAAUGGAGAAGAGGACGUGCCAAUGGCCACUGAACAGCAAAGCUAAACACAUAGCCGAAUAUUAUUUAGUCACACAUGCAUUGAAUCAUUCUUCACAUUUAAAAAGUAAACAAACUUAAAUAAAUGAGGUGUGCAGUCGC